CUCACUCUUUUUUAGCCAAGAUUUUCUGCUGCUUCGGACUGAUUCAGUUCAGUACCAAACCAUGUCGUUUUUCAACUCCAUCGGUCGUUCCAUGACCCGCUCCCAGCGGGGGCCCAAGAGGUCGCCUACCCCAACAUCGGCGACAUUUUCUCCCACAGAUUCCGCCCCACCCACCCCAACCGUCACAGCGCCGCCGGUCGCACCACAACCCAGGCCUCCUCUCUACCUAUGCAGUCCCUUUGUUGAAGCGGCCCUUGUCAAGGGAAAUUUCAAGACGAUCGUCAUGCUCCCCAAAUAUGUUGAUAUCAUGGAGUGGGUAGCCGUCAAUAUUUUUGACUUUUACACAAAUCUGAACGAAUUCUAUGGUGUGAUUACAGAAUGCUGCACCCAACAAGCGUGUCCUACAAUGUCUGCAGGCCAGGCAUUGAGCUACACUUGGAUUAAUCAAGAUCGCAAGAGCGUCCAUCUGCCUGCUCCAACCUACAUAGACUACGUGAUGACCUGGAUACAAAAUCUGCUGAACGACGAAGGCGUGUUCCCCACAAAAUCAGGCCAGGAUUUCCCGCAGUCAUUUCCGUCGACGGUAAAGCACGUGUACCGGCAACUCCUACGCGUCUUUGCACACAUAUACCACGCACACUACCACCAAAUUCUUCACCUCCGUUCCGAGCCACACUUUAAUUCCCUCUUUGCCCACUUUCUUGCGUUUGGUCGUGAGUAUGAGCUGUUGGAAAUGAAAGACGUGAAAGGUUCUUCAUCAGCACCUGUUGGGAUUGGCCGGCUGUGGGAAAAGUGGAGGGAUAUGGGGUUAUUAGAGGGCUGAGCCCAGCAAUUCGUAACAUGGGACUUGAAGUUCCAUUUUUUUUUUUGGUCGGACAGUUGCAUGUGCUCUUUAUUUAUUUCAAGAUACAUAGAUGCUCGGCUGCUA